AUGGCGGAGACAACAUCUUACACUCUGGAUGGGCCUCCCCCAGACGCGACCGAAACUUGGCACAAUCACACUGUACAGAAGCAGGAUGGUGCUGAAGAGAGUCCCUCCAGCGAAGAUGCAGACCUCAAGUACGAGUACCCUACGGGGCUCCCAGUCACUCUCAUUCUGACUUCAGUUACUUUGGCCUAUUUUCUCUUCUUCCUUGAUCUUGCUGUCAUUUCCACGGCCACUCCGGCUAUUACUUCCCAAUUUAACUCUUUGGUGGACGUUGGCUGGUAUGGUGGUGCCUAUCAGCUCGGAAGUGCAGCUUUCCAGCCUCUCAGCGGCAAGAUAUAUAGCCAGUUUCCGAUCAAGUGGACCUUUCUACUUUUCUUUUUUAUCUUCGAAGUUGGAUCUGCCAUUUGCGGAGCAGCUCAGUCAUCGCCCAUGUUUAUUGUUGGCCGUACAAUCGCAGGAAUUGGUUCUGCUGGCGUGGCUAAUGGAGCUGUGACAACCAUUGCUGCAGUGCUUCCAACACAAAAACAGGCGCUUUUCAUGGGACUCAACAUGGGUAUGGGCCAGCUGGGUCUUGCAACAGGACCGAUUAUCGGUGGAGCUUUUACCACCAACGUGUCUUGGCGAUGGUGCUUUUACAUCAACCUCCCGUUGGGCGCUGUCGUCGGUGGAUUCCUUCUCUUCAACAAUAUCCCCGAACCAAAGGCCAAGAGUCCACCCAUGGAGAUUCUCGGGACUGCCAUCAAGUCUCUAGAUCUCCCAGGUUUCAUGCUCAUCUGCCCCGCGGUUGUCAUGUUCCUUUUGGGACUCCAAUUCGGCGGUAAUCAACACCCCUGGAACAGUUCGGUUGUGAUUGGCUUGCUGGUUGGCGCUGCCGUCACUUUCGCUUUUUUCCUGGUCUGGGAGCAUAGGCAGGGAGACAAUGCCAUGGUGCCAUUUGCAAUGCUUAAACACAAGAUCAUCUGGUCAGCGGCAAUGACGAUGUUCUUCAGUCUUUCCAGUGUUCUCGUGGCCGACUUCUACAUUGCGAUCUAUUUCCAGGCCAUCCACGAUGACUCCCCUUUAAUGAGUGGUGUGCAUAUGCUUCCAAUCACACUGGGCUUGGUCCUGUUUACCGUGGUUUCGGGUGUUCUGAUCUCCGUUCUGGGAUACUAUCUCCCAUUCUUGCUUGCGGGAGGCACAAUUUCAGCCGUUGGCUACGGUCUCUUAUCAACACUCAGCCCCUCGACCUCUGCUGGAAGAUGGAUUGGCUAUCAGAUUCUGUACGGUGUUGCAAGCGGUUGCACGGCAGCUGCUCCCUACAUCGCUAUACAAAACCUCGUGCCCGCAGAGCAGAUUUCCCUCGCCAUGGCUAUUGUCAUUUUCUGGCAAAAUAUUGGCGCGUCAACUUCUCUGAUUGCUGCAAAUGCCAUCUUUAGCAACAGUCUUCGUCAUCAGCUCCAGCAGCGCAUCGCUGAAAUUGGUAUUUCUCCAGAUAUCAUCAUCGAUGCCGGUGUACGCUCCAUUCGCAACCUGGUUUCCGGCUCUCAGCUGACUGCAGUCCUUGCGGCCUACGCCAAGAGCGUCGAUAAUGUCAUGUAUCUCGGUAUCGCUGUCAGCGUAGCUGUCCUGGUCUUUGCUCCCGGUCUUGGAUGGAAGGACAUUCGGAAAGUGAAGGACCUCCAGGCCAUUACUAAGGACUCACCGGACAAGCCCGAGAAACAAUCGACGAGACAGGAGGCAGGGGUGACUGAAACGUAG